AACAGACGGGCUUCUGUGCGACCUGUUACUGCCAAGUGCCAACACGAAAGGAAAAUAUUACAACACUUAAUGCUUAGUAUCAUUUGGUUUUGUUAAAGAAAAAUAGUCGUUUAUUGAGAGAAAUCCUGUCACUCAGAAUCCGAGACUCGAAUCCAGCGCGUGGAGCGCGACUGACGUGUAUUGAGUGACAGCCGUAUUGAUCUUAAUAUGAGUCGAGCAGCGAAACCCGCGUGAAAGACAUCGUAUUUUUUUAGGACGCCGUUUUCGACUUAAAGGAAACGACAGGUUUCGCACGUACCCGGAGACCUCCAUCAUCAAGCAAGCCUGUGUAAUUCCUCUGAACGUCGACUAAGCGGUAACAUCCACAGUGAGUGAAGCAAGCACUAAUGAAGAAGCAAUGGUCAUUUUCUACAAUUUGCUGAUAAGGACACGGCAAGUGUGAGUGGGGUUGUGGCAGCAACGCUGUAACCGUGACCCUCACCAAUAUGGUUUGCAGCGAACAGAGUUCUGGCACAUCAGUGCCCAAAAAGGAAACACAGACCCGCAAGAAGCGGAAAUCCCGUCCUCAGGGUCUGCCUUCUCCAGCCCUCUGCUGUGCAUGUGGAUUGUGCAUUAUGUUGGCAGGCAUCAACAUCACCUUAGUAGGCGCCUUCGCCUUCAGCACGCUUGUGCCCUCUAGCAAUCCCCCAAUCAUCAUCGGACCUAUACUCCUACUUGUGGCGUUCUCCUUCUUCGGGGCUUGCUGCAUCUGCAGUCGCUUGCCUCCGCCUCAGAGCUCUCGACGGUCCAAAGGAGGUGGCGGUUUGGGAUUCAUGGGUCGGGGCGGAGGGGGGUUGAGUGGAGGGGCAGCGUUUGAGAUUGAGACCAGCGAACACACGAUGCAGGACACCACAGCCGUGCAGCUCAGUCCCACUAACUCGCCCUGCUCCUCUCAUGCCUCCAGCCCCGAAAGAGAGGCUCCUGCCACUGCCGCCAACGCCACCGUUCCCGCCCCAGAAUAUGUCCCUCCACGAGCCUGCAAGCUCUUCACUAUGGAGGCCAAUGGACCCAACUCAGCAGCCUUUUCUGCUUCUACAGGGGGUGGAGGGGCAGUUCGGCUCACUUUGCCCUCAGACUGCACCACCACUUAAGGCUGCCAGUUUAGGUCGCUCUCUGGGGAAGGGCUGGUAUUACGUUAUGUAAAUAGUUUUUCAGAGGGGAAGACAAGCACUUUGUGUGAAGAAUUCAUUUGAUUAUCACAGCUGGCUUGUGCCACGAGGUGCAAUAACAAUUGAAAUGUUCGCAUAAAUUCAGCGGGUUGAUUUUUGGAGUCUGCGAGGGCCAUGUGCUCCUAAUAAAAAUGACAGAGGUAUGUGAGAAGCAUAUGAAGAGCUUUUGCGUUCUCUAAUGCUCCAAUAUCCAAAGAGAGAGAGCCUUGAAAGGUGAAUCACUGUGGCGUGCUUCACAUAUUCAUACUGUGCCACUGUUACUCAGAGCAUUCACAGUUACUGCGCUCAAAAGAGACAGAAUCAGCUGUUGUGUAAAGAUGGCUUUGGAGACGAGCCUGAGAAACAGAACAGAGAAAGACAUUACACUGCGCAUUGUCAUAUGUCAGUGCACAGACCAAAAACAGAGAGGCUGUAUAUUUUCUCUUAAAUAUUUUUAAACAUUUUAAAUGCUAAAAUACAUUUGAGAGUGAACAGUCCUUUUUUGAUGACUUACCAUGGCCAACCUUUUUGGAUUUUGUCUUUAUCGGAUGCUUAAAUAAGCCACGACACUGUGCGAGAGCGCUGCUAUUUUUCACAUGAUUUAGAAAACGAGGUUGCUUAGCAGUGCCGUUGUUGGAGUUCAGGUUGGACAACUAAUUAAAGUGUAAUG